AUGGCCUCAAUGCGUUGCUAUCAGCUUGUCUUCCUAAGUCAAAUCUGGUGUGGGCUUCAUGCAGUAGUUGGUGUCCCACAAGAAGUUGAGGCAACCUGUAACGAAGAUGCUUUUCUCCCUUGUAAGGUUUUCCAGGAUCUACAGCUCACAACUGGAACGAUCUCCUGGCAUAAGAUUGAUGAAAACAACAAAGGAUUGAAGGCUAUGGAAUAUAAUAAAGAACAUGCAUAUUCAAGAGGAUUUAACGACUCCUUAGAGAUUUCUAAUGGCACCAGGCAUUUUCUCAAGAUUAAACAUGCUACACACUUCAGUAGUGGAACGUAUAAAUGUAUCUUACUGGCACCAGUCAGAAACUACAACCAAAGUACAAUUAUACUCAGAGUAGUAGACUGUCCUGAGGAAUCGAAAAAUCUGAAACUCAAAAAAUAUACCACAGAACUUAUGUUGCUGAGCUCUAUUGGGAGCUUCUAUUUGUUACUUAUCAUCCUUACUUGUACAUGCUUAAAAGAGAGAAGAUCUUCUGAUCAUCAUAAAUCUGAAAAGCAAAUUCUGGCUUUAUAGUACCUGUUGAAAGAAUGAUUUCUAUUACCCAAUAUUGGACAGCAUUGGGAAAGACAAUCUUAUCAGUUACUGGUAACUUGGUGGUGCUAUCAAGGCUCUUUCCUGAUAAUUUGGUGGUGCUACAAGCAGCUCAUCAGUAAUACUAUCUCAUCAGAUAUUGUCACAAUACUGUAGUGUAGAUGAAGGAUAUGACUGCAUAAUUGCCUUAGUAGUCUGGUACUCUUUAGGUUGGGACUACAAAUCCUCACAUUUCAUGACCGGUGAGUAUUUUGUGACUUUUCAGGUUUAUCAGAUGUAAUUUCAGAUCUGUACAACAAUCCAAAUGUCCCUCCCUACCAAUCACUCAGUGCAAUUAUUGGUAGCUUUUAAUUGCGCCAACUUCUGGAUUCCUCCAGUUAUGAUAGUAAGGCAAAGAGGAACUAUCACAGCAAGAAAAAACUCCGCAAUUACUCAGUGAUUGAAGUCUUAUCAGCUGGAAUCUCAAUUCCCUGUAUGGAUUUGAAAUCAAGUC